AUGUCGUCGUCCUCAUCAUUAGCUUUUUCAUUUUCGUUCGGCAUCGUUGAAGAGGAUUCGUCUAAAUCGUCAAAGGUUACGUCCCUCCAGUCUAUAUUCAUUUCAUCGUCCUCAUUCUCAUUCGGCAUCAUUGAAAGACAAUUGUCCUGGAUAACCAGCGCAGAGGGAUUCCGGUCGGUAACGAGCGAUUCCGCUGAGACAAAGGGGUAUCACCUGAAAGAGAUAAGGGCCGGAAUGGCCGGUGGGGAGACGGUCAGCCUGUGUGCGGGGAAUACGUCUGUGAAAUUCGCUUCGAAACCCAUGCGAGAAACAAAUAUAAUGGCGAUGCGCAGAACAUUACGCCCGAUGCUCAAUCCGCUAUUCACGUCCCAUGCAUCUACGCUCCUCACUACACGACGCGCCUCCUUAUUGUCACCGUUUCGUCCAACUAUUGAUCAGAAAUCAUACUAUCAAUAUGGACCAGGACAGAGUGGAGAUCAGCUAUUACUAGGAGAGCUCCGAUCCCAGACAAGACUACCUCGUAACACGUUUAUAAACUUUGUACCUCAACAAGAAGCGUGGAUAGUCGAGCGAUUUGGGAAGUUUGAUCGUCUUCUAGAACCAGGCCUUGCGAUAGUCAUACCAAUUGUGGAGAAAAUCAAGUAUGUUAAAAGUUUGAAGGAGAUUUGCAUGAAUAUUCCUGCCCAGAGUGCAAUUACACAAGAUAACGUGGCUCUUGAACUAGACGGCGUUUUGUACAUUAAAGUGGUCGAUCCAUACAAGGCUUCUUAUGGUGUUGAGGACGCGGAAUAUGCUGUUGCUCAAUUAGCACAGACUACAAUGCGAGCAGAGAUCGGUCACAUGACACUCGAUCGGACGCUGGCCGAGCGUUCUACUCUAAACGCCAAUAUUGUUGAAGCAAUUAAUAGCGCAGCCGAUGCUUGGGGAAUUCGAUGUUUGAGAUAUGAAAUUCGUGAUAUACAUCCGCCAGUGAAAGUAGUAGAGUCUAUGCACCAACAAGUGUCAGCUGAACGAUCGAAGCGAGCAUCAAUUCUCGAAUCCGAAGGUACGCGUCAAGGAGCAAUAAAUGUGGCUGAAGGUACUAAGCAAUCCGUAAUAUUAGCCUCUGAAGCAGUUCAGGCAGAGCAAAUCAACAAAGCAUCGGGUGAAGCGGAGGCCAUGCUACUUCGUGCACAAGCAACGGCCGAAAGCAUACGUCGUAUUGCGCGUGCUAUCCGCGAGACACCGGGGGGUCCUGACGCAGUUACAUUGACUAUUGCCGAGAAAUACGUCGAAGCGUUUGGGCAACUAGCCAAAACAGGAAACUCUGUUAUCGUUCCUGCUGGUGUUAAUGAUGCUGGAUCUAUGAUUGCCCAGGCAUUGUCUAUAUAUCGGUCAGUAUCUAGACAAGGACAGGAGUACGAUAAUAUAGAACAACCCGCACAGUCUCAGAUCCAAUCCAACGAUGAACAAUCACUUAAGGAUAGACAAUGA